UCUUCUCAUUUUCUUCUGAGUAAACUCGGUUGACUCUCCCCGGCCGUGUUUCAGCCUGUGGAGGGCAAAGGGAACCUGAUGAUCCGGGAGGUUUUGGCUUUUCCUCAGAUUUAACUCUCCUCGCAGGACAGCGGCUGAACUCGGGACGACAACAUGCUGGACACCGACAGAUACGCUGGCAAGAAGCGGAAGAAGCCUAUCCAGAAACAAAAACCAGCCAUCGAUGCCAGCAAGUCAAACCCAUCGAAGAGGCACCGGGAUCGCCUGAAUGGGGAACUGGAACGGCUUACCAACAUGCUUCCCUUUCCUGAGGACAUAUGCUCUCGUCUGGACAAGCUCUCUGUCUUGCGUCUGAGUGUGGGCUACCUGAAAGUUAAGAGCUUCUUCAACGCCACCAUGAAGAAAAACAGCGUAGAGUUUCCCGUAGGAAAUGGCCUAGAUAUCAACGAACUGGAUGCAAAAGGCUUCUCAGAAGGUGACCUGCUUCUUCAGGCUCUCAAUGGUUUUGUGUUGGUGGUAACUGCAGAGGGAUACGUCUUCUAUGCAUCGCCUACUGUCCAGGAUUAUCUUGGCUUCCACCAGUCUGAUAUGGUCCAUCAGAGUGUGUUUGAAUUCAUCCACAUCGAUGACAGAGCCAUGUUCCGCAGGCAGCUUCAUUUCGCUCUCAACCCAAAACUGUUAGAUGCAGAUGGGGAUGGUGAUGGUAUGCAGAACAGCAGUGACAUCACAAGAAAUAUCAUGACCUACGACCCACAGUACAUCCCACCAGAAAAUUCCUCUUUUCUCGAGAGGGCUUUUGUGUGUCGUUUCCGGUGCCUUCUGGACAACUCAUCUGGGUUUCUGAAACUGAAUUUUCAGGGAAGGUUGAAGUUCCUCAUUGGGCAGAACAAGAAGGCUGAGGAUGGUUCUGUACUCCAGCCACAGCUUGCCCUUUUUGCCAUUGCCACACCUGUCCAGCCACCAGCCAUUCUGGAGAUACGCACAAAGACACUCAUUUUUCAGACAAAGCAUAAGCUGGACUUCACUCCUCUGGGCAUUGACUCCAGGGGCAAAGUCGUAUUGGGUUACUCAGAAAUGGAGCUGUGCAUGAAGGGGUCUGGCUAUCAGUUCAUUCACGCUGCCGAUAUGAUGCAUUGUGCCGACAAUCAUGUCAGAAUGAUAAAGACGGGAGAGAGUGGAAUGACAGUUUUCCGACUUUUAACCAAGAAUGGAGGAUGGAUAUGGGUCCAGGCAAAUGCCAGGCUUGUGUACAAAGGUGGACGGCCUGACUUUAUCAUCGCCCGGCAGCGAGCUUUGGUUAAUGCUGAAGGAGAGGAACACUUGCGCCAGAGGAGAUUGCAGCUUCCCUUUAGCCUCACCACAGGUGAAGCGGUCCUCUAUGAUACCUCUCCCACUCUUGACAUAAUGAGUCCAGAAAGUAACAACAAGGAGCCUUCCAUUCUGAGUGGGAUUGACCAAAAGGCUAUGGAUCCUCGCUCGAUCCUCGCUUCCAUUCAGAAACAGGACAAGACUAUCUAUCAGCAUCCCACUGAGCCUGAGUUUACAGUGGAUGAAGCCUUCAUGGAUAGCUGGGCUCUCUUCAAUGUGCCCAGUCAUGCUCUGAAAGAUGAAACCAUAAAGGAGGAGGAGAAGGACACUGUUGUGUCCAUGAUUGAUACUUUGGAACAGCUGGCUCAAGAUGGAGACCUUUGCGCAGCCCUUCAGCAAAUGGAGGUGGACAGCACGGAGUUGAAGGAGUGGGAAAAUGCUCUUUUGAGGAUGGCCAAAGAAAGCAGUGGCAGUGAAAAAGGCCUUAGCUUUGAUGAAAUCCUCACCAAUGACAUCUUCUCUUAUGUGGAGGACGCCUUGUACAAGGAAACCAUCAAUGGUCCACCACCACAGCCGACUGCCCCUGCACCAGCCAAAACCAACCCAUUCAGAGGGCAGUCUGGGCAGUGUCCUGCAACUACAGUGAAUCAUGAAUGUGGAUUCUCCACUGGUCACAGCUUGGAUAGCAGAGAAGCAGCCAAACAUGAUCUAAACAAACUGGACUUUGUUGGAAGGGCUCAGCAAGAAAUAGUCGCAGCAGUUAGUGCAACUCAGAUCUCACAGAGACUUUCACAAUUGGGUCCAAAUGCUACCAUGGGACUCAGCAUUCCAGGGAAUCAGGAGGAUACAUCCCUGCAUAACUUUGUAAAUAAUUUAUCACAGACUGGCCUCUUUACAUUCGACAGCAAAGAAUUGUUCAGCCAGACCCAGAAGCACUUGGGUCAAAAAACAACAUCGAGCACACUCAUUAUCCCUUACAAUAGUUGGGAAUCACAGCAAACUUUACAGAAUGGCAGAGACAAGGCCAAGGUGCAAACCUCUCUAAUGUCCUCUUGCCAGUUUGGGUCCUAUCCUGUAAACCAGACUGAAACCCCACAGAUGCAUUACUUGCAAAAUGGUUUUCAUCAGUCAAGCCAACCAACCGCCAACCACUGGAACAAAACGGAUUUGGGUACAGGGAACCACAGUCCGUCCUUGUCCCCAUGCAAGAGUCACGUAUCAUCUGAUGUCAGUCCCCCUUGCCCAAAUCUCCUAAAAUUCCCCCAGCAGAGCAACAUGCAGCCUUCGGAACAGUGGAAACAGGCACUCCCAGAGCAGCCCUGUCCUGUCCUUGUCAAGAAUAGACUUGUACCCGAGAGUUAUCAGAAUUUGGAAACACCUGAAUUCCCUCUCGUGCACCUCUUGCCAGAAACUUCUCCGAGCUCCGCUGAUGAAUGCAAAAGCAUAACCAAUGACGCUUACCAUACAACGAGCAAUAGACUGGCAGCUAACCACUGUUCUCCACUCAGCAGUUGCAUGUUUGAGAGUCGCUCUCCACUCACAAAUGCAGAUCAACCGCAUCCUCAGGCCCAGGCAGUGACCAUUGCAUCAUGCUUCAAGAAGACAAUACCUGACAACCAGAGUCCACCACAGGCAUCCUGUUAUUUUCAGUGGAUGAGGAAUGAGCCAGUGGUGGGCACAUCUUCAAUUCCGCAAGAAGAUGCCUGCAUCAGUCCACCGUCUUGUCAUGUGGUGUCUGGUGUCUCCAAAAGUCAGAGUGUCUCCCAGCAAUACAAUGACUGCAAUGGACAGAUACAGAUUGAACACCAUCCUGUGGAAUACAGCUCCUCUUUCUCCAUUCCUCCACUCGUAAAAGGAAUCUACCUUUCUGAGAACGGCAAAGCCAACUGCUGCAACCUCUAAGACUCCUCCCCAUUUAUCUGAAUCCUCAACGUUCAGUGGACAUCAGGGUUUUGACUAAGAAUGAACUCAUUUAUGGACGUUUAAAUAAGAAUCCACAGUGAGUUUGCGUUCUCUGUGCUCUGUCUAAAGGACUGCACUAGUGUUGUAUAGUAAAAUGUGGAAGAAAAGGGCAAGAUUAUUAUUUAAUUAAAGAUUAAAUGUGGGCAUUGAUUAUAAUUAUAGAAAAGUGCACAGUCCCUACUAGAAAUAUGUUUGGCCCAAAUUGGUGCCUUGGUUAGGAAAUUAUUGUUAGGUAAAGAAAAAUGCUGACCUUAGCUGACUGAGUGCACUGAGUGUUCUUUCUGCAGGACAAUCUGCCCUCGCUUCGUAUUCUCAAAUGUAGUGGAUCAGUAAUGGGUGGUGUGAUUUAACACAAAAUGACCCCCUCCUUUCCUGUUCUGAUUAGUGGCUAUUCUAUCACAUAUGCACAGUAACCCUUCCACAGUGUACCUACGAGAUACUUAUACUGAUCUUUAAUGAGUGUCAUUUCAGAGCAGGCCAUGAAGCCGAAAACCCUCCACCGAGACUGUGGUAUGCUUAAACGAUGUAACGCACAAAUAUCUUUUUUCAUGACAUAACUUAUAUAACUUGACCUAUGUGGUUACAUGGCUUUACGUGAUUUUAUUUUUUCAUAUAAAGAUCCUGCUCAGUGUAAGUCUGGCCUAUAAGAUACAAGGAUAUUCACAAAAGCUUUUUCGAAUCUUAUUGCAACUGAUAUUUUUUAUUUUUCUCAUUUAUUGUGAUAUAAUUUCCUCUGGCAAAAUGUUUAUACUGGCAUAUAAAAUGAGUUUCCAAGAAUACUUUGGAAAUAAUGUUUAUAUAAAAAAUAUUUCAAUU